UCGGCCGCCUGAGCAUGGGAAUCCUCUUUACCCGGAUAUGGAGGCUGUUUAACCACCAGGAGCAUAAAGUGAUAAUUGUUGGGCUUGAUAAUGCAGGAAAAACUACAAUUCUUUAUCAAUUUUCUAUGAAUGAAGUAGUACAUACUUCCCCAACAAUAGGUAGCAAUGUGGAAGAGAUUGUAGUUAAUAAUACACGAUUUCUUAUGUGGGAUAUUGGAGGCCAAGAAUCUCUUCGAUCAUCAUGGAACACAUAUUAUACAAACACUGAGUUUGUGAUAGUUGUUGUGGAUAGCACCGACAGAGAAAGAAUUUCUGUAACUAAAGAAGAACUGUAUAAAAUGUUAGCACAUGAGGACUUGAAAAAAGCAGGCUUGCUCAUCUUUGCUAACAAACAGGAUGUUAAAAACUGCAUGACGGUAGCUGAAAUUUCUCAGUUCCUGAAACUAACAUCUAUUAAAGAUCACCAGUGGCACAUCCAGGCAUGCUGUGCUCUUACUGGCGAAGGAUUGUGCCAAGGACUUGAAUGGAUGAUGUCAAGACUUAAAAUCAGAUGAUUCUAACUCUGCACAGACAUUGUACAAAAAGAGAACUGGAUAUUUGGCUGUGAAUUAUUGGCUUAUGUAUAUUUAUAAAAACAAAACAACUUUUUUUGCUACCUAAGAGAUUUCAAACAAGAGAACUUGACUUCCCAGAUGAUUCCUUUGAACUGGCGUUUAAAUACUGUGGCUGACCUUACUUUUAAAGCGAAAUCACUUGAGAUUGUUAAGAAAUAAUGUGUGGGGAUCAGAAUACAAGGGAGACAUUUUAACUUUUACAUUUUAUUAUUCUAGUCUAACUCACUACAUUGAAAAUGCUGACUUUAUUAUUUCCACAAAUCAGAAAAGAAAAUCAGUGUGGUACAGGUACUGACUGUCUAGCAUUGAAACUGACUGAGAUGUGUUUCAGAAGUGCAAAAAUGUUCCUGUAUGUGAACUGUACAUUUUAUGUGUUUAUACCUCAUGUUGAUUAAAAUCUGUUGAGCAAAAUGGUUAAUAUCCUUAAUUCUGUCCAUAAUACUCCUUAAAUGGCAGUAUGUGGAUUUGAGCCACUUUGGAUCUAUUUGAAUUCCAUGUGUUAUAGCCAACCUUUUCUCUCUGACAACAGAGCAGGUUCUGUCAGAACAAAUUCUUCACCUACUUUGCAACCCCUCUCUAGAACAAUGGGGAAGCUACAGCAAGUUUUUAAGUAUAUAGGAGGGGCUGCUGGUUGGGCAGGAUGAUGAGAACGUUCAACCAGGUCAGCAAAAGGCUGUACAUGGAAUGUUGUAUGUCACACUGUUUUGGGUCAAAUUACUUAAAUUUGUAAAUGGUUUAUUAAAAAAAAAGGGGGGGGGAAUCCUGCUAGGACAUCAUUAUCCUUUGUAUUAUGCUCAAAACCAACAGUGAUAAAAAUACAGAUUAUGUAUUCUUAUUUUAUAUAUGUUCUGCAAUUUAAAACAACCACAGAAGAAGUAAGACACAAUGUAUUAUUCUUUAAAACUUUACAUUUUGAUUGCAUUUGUUGAGAUGUGCAUUGCUUGAAAUAGAACAUUAGAGUUACCUGAAAUAUGCACUGUGGUUCAAAAACAUCUUUAUGCUUAGAGGUAUAUGUAGAACAUUCCCAUUUUAAACAUUUAUGAUAUAAUGUGUGAUAUUGAAGGGAAAAGAUGGGUUUAAUCCAAAAGAAGUAGAGUAAUUAGGAAUUUCACAUAAUAGGUAUAUGUCUCUUGGCGUUCCUUCUGGGGAAAUUGGUGACAUACUCUUUGUGAUCAACCUAAAAUGAACAGAAAUGUGUAAUUACACUAAGUUGCACUUAAAGUCAGUUGAAUGAGAAUUAAGUCUUGACUGGUCUUGUUGAUUCAAUAGGUAAGAUCAGUUAAGUUUUGAUCAAAUCCACUGCUACUUUAUAGAAGGCAAAGACUAGAAUAUAGAUAGCUAGAUUAGUAGGCUAUUAAUUGAGCCAUUUGCUUUUCAGAUUCUCUAGGAAUAUCCCAAGUGUGUGUGUGUGUGGCUUUAAUGGCUUGAUUCAGCUGUUCCUUAAAGAAGUAAAAAUGUAAACUUAAUGCAUGGAUCCUAUAAAGCAGUUUUCCAGUUUUGGGGGGAAAUGGCAAUUUUAUAUCUUCCCUGUUUCAAGACAUGAAGUGCAUUAAAAUAUGAAUAAAUAAACUAUUUUUCCUGUUAUUUUAUGCUGCAACUAUUGUAAAGGUGGAGGAUAGGGGAAUAAGUUGGUGCCUAGUAUAGGAAAAAUACAAAUUAUUUGGGAUGCUAUUUUAGUCUUCUGAAUGUUAUGCCUAGCAUUCUUUCCAGGCUUAAUGGGUUAUUUAGAAACAAGUGCAUCCUUAGUAUCAAAUAAACUCAAUCCCUCCCCCCCGUUUUUUUUAAAAUCAGGCAUUAAGUAUAACUUACUCUGUAUAUGACAAGUUGGAUCAAAACAAUUAACUAUUUAAAUGGUUGGAGCUCAGUACACUGGCUGCUUUCUACAACAGUCCCUCAUCAGUUUUUCUGUUGGCGGCGUGCGUAAAAUUAGUAGUGCCAUUAAAUUAUAUAUCAGUAUUUGGCAGGAGAAAAAAUGGCACAUAGUAGUUUUUGAAUGUUUUACUACAAACUGGUCUUGAAAUAACUCUUAAUUUCAAAAUCAGUUUGCUGCGGAGAUGGUUUUUUGUGAGGAACGAACAAAUAUUUAAGCUUCUUGUGAGUUGUUCCAUGCUUCUUUGAUUCUUACUCGGAAUAUUUUUUUAAAAAAUUCACAUGUCAUCAAAUGAAUGCAUUGAAAAAAUUAUGUUUUACAAACAUAAUUAAUAUAGUUAAGAUUGAACUAGAAUGGAUUAACCUUUUGAAUAUAUCCAAAUUACCAAAUUUAUUAAAUACCCAUACUAACAUAGAAAAGUAUGAAUGAGAGUGCAUGAGUUCCCAAACAGGUUGAGUUUCUGUAGGUUAAAAAGAAGUUUUGAGAACCAAUUUCCUUCUGACGUUCAUUAUCUCCUCCUAGACGAAGAAUAAAUGGCAGUCGGGUGGGAGAAGGGUGAUGUAGUCUUUCAGAAAAGAUUUACCCACUGUUUUCAGUGACUUUAGUAAAAUUGAAAGCAUAGAAACCCACAGGCAUUGUCCAGCUCUGAUACUUGACUGACUUUCAGCAUUAACAACAAGAAAGGUGCUUGCACAACUUUAUUUCACAUUUGAAUCCACUAGCAGUGGGCAGUUGGAUACCCUGAAAAGGGGUUAGAAGAAAGCUUAACAGAGCCUCUGGAUAGUUAUUCUUAUUUUGGAACAAGAAGUUAUCAAUUAGUCAUUUAGAGUCUUCUUUGAAGCUAAAGCCCAUUUUUUGUUUCAUGUAUAUUUUUAUCCAAAGCAGGCUUUGGACAGAACAGCUAUGUGUGAGCGUUAAUUUAAAAUUGAUCUGUUACUGCCAUUCCUCUAAAAUGUGUUGGAGACUUUGGGUGUCGUUCCUAGCUCUUACUCUCAAUCCACAGCAUUUUUACCAGAGGAUUAAUGUGUGCUUAUCACAAAAAUAUUUAUUUACAUAUAUACAAGAAAAAGCAUAUGCUGCUGUGUGCACAUUAAGUGAUCAAGUAUAGACAACAUCUAUUUUUACAGAGUGAAGGAAUAAAGUGUCCUGUGCUUCCAUAGGACCUGUGAAUGAUGGUACCUUGGUUGAUGUCAAUUGGUAGAGUGGAAGAAGCCUAAUAGGUCAGGAUAAUACACCCAAGAAAAGGUGAACAUAGGUAGCUUCUAGAUUUAGGUUGAUGGAAAAAUUGACUUACCAUUUAGUUUAAUAUUUUUUAUUAGCCCUGACUGCAUGCUUGCUUCUGUGCCUAUAUGUAAUGCCUACUUAAUCUGUAAAUUUUGUAAAUAAAGGAUUACUAGAAAGAUAAAUA